AUGUACGACAUCAACAAGGUGGUGAGUGUGGAGGUGAGGAGCGCAGAGUUGGACGUGCUGAACAGCGAGGAGCUAAGAAAAAUAUCUCUGGGAAAAUAUGAAAAUGAGUUGUUAGAAUAUGAAAAGACCAAUUCCAGUGGAAUGACCUCAAAAAUAUAUUUCGACCCCAAAUAUGGUACAAUAGACUACAGGCAAAUAUGUAGUGUCUGCUUUGAGAAGCAUGAAAACUGUGUAGGGCAUAUUGGGCAUUUGGAAUUCACCUUGCCAUUAUUCAAUCCUCUUUUUUACAAAGAUGUGUAUGAUUUACUUGGAUUGGUUUGUUUGAACUGCUACCAUGUGUGCUGUUCUGAGGAUACCAUUUUUUUGUUAAAACAUAUUUAUCAACUGAGGGCUCUGAACGAAAUUGAGAGUUCCAGUGGGAUCAGUUGCAAGACGAACUACGAUCGGCAGUACGUUGUCGGUAAGAUUGAGGAGUUGUAUAGGAAGAUUUGCGAACAAGAGGGACUCAUCUCCGGAAAGGAAUUUGAAGGAACGAAUUAUGCCAAUCAAGCGGAUGGACAAGACUACAUCAAUUUAUCCGAUGCACCAAACACCAAAGAUGAAGAUGAGAAAACACACCAGAAGGACGAUGUCCAAUUGAAUGUGAAAAAAAUAAAAGAGAAAAUUAAAAAAUUCAAUUUCGAUGCAAGCAAGUUAGCCUUCGAGUCGAAUUACAAUUACGAAGAAUACUUGAAACUGAUAAAAACGCUAAAGGUUCUAAUGAAAAGGAAUGGACGAUGUCCAAUCUGCAAAUUUAAGCGAAAUAUAUCGGCAAGAAUGUCACAAAAAAGGGAUACGAUUAAUUUCGUGGGAAUGUACCUUCAGAAUUCUUUUUUGAAAAAGUACAUGAAGGAGGAGAAAAAGCGGGGUAAGGGAGAGGACCCUUCUGUGGGUGGGGAAGAGGAAUUAGAAGAGAUGGUGGAGCGAGAGGAAGAAGGAGAAAACAUUUACGGAAGUCGAAAUGAGAUGAUGAAUGCGCCAGACGAUAUUGGCAUCUCUCCGUCUGUUCAAGUUGGUCAGGCGUAUGACGCAAGUGAAGCUUCUCCUUCCCUUGCAGAUGGGGGAGGCACUCCGACGCGGGAUAACUUUCCCGGAACAACAUUCAAUUAUAGAAAACAAAACGUGAAGGAGAAAACCACCGUGAGGUUAUUCAGCUUCCAAGUGAUAGAUCUACUGGGAAAAAUAUUCAAAAAAAACGACAAAGAUAUUAUGAACCUCUUGUAUCCAUUCACAAAGAGAGAUGGACACAAGGUUUUUUUUCUCCACGACAUGGGGAUCAGUGCAAACAGAUUCAGAGUAAAGUUGAGAGGUAUCCACAAGAAAUCCAAAAUGCUUAAUGUCUUGAAUAAAUUCAAUGCUCUCCUUAACUUAUGUAUUAGAGCGAAGAAAGAAAUUGAUUUUGAGGAACUAAUGGAAAAAAACAAGAAGGAUCUACAACUGUACAAAGAAAUGUUCUCCCUAUUUUCAAUUCGAAUGAAAUACAAAUUUAAUGUUGAGAUAAUGGAUGACGACACGGAGAUCACUAAGGUGGAUUUCCUAAAAGGUUACGAUCUUAUUUAUCGUAAUAAAAGUGCCUACAUUAAUGUUCUGUUCAGUAAUUUACAAGUGGCAAUGAACACGUUUUUCGACAACUCCUUCUCUGCUUAUUUAUCCAAUGCAAAAAUGAGCAACCAAGGACUGAAAGAAAUUUUAGACAAGAAAGAAGGAAUCCUUAGAAAGAAUAUUAUGGGAAAGAGAGUGAACAACUGUGCUCGUACAGUUAUUUCUCCAGAUACAUUUAUCGAGACGAAUCAGAUCGGUGUGCCACUUGAGUUUGCAAAAAAACUAACUAUGGAUGAGUGCAUUACUGAAAGUAAUUUAGAUUAUGUGAAGCGACUCAUUUUAAACGGACCUGAUGUCUACCCUGGUGCACUAAGUUAUAGAGAUGCAAGGGGAAAUGUUUUUAAACUACCCAGUGAAUACGAAAAAAGAGAACAUAUUGUAAGGCUCCUAGAAAAGAUGGAUUUAAAAAAACAAUGCGCAACGAUGGUGUUGCAUAGACAUGCUAGAGAUGGAGACAUCGUUAUUAUGAACAGACAACCAACAUUACAUAAAUUCUCUAUCAUGGCUCAUUAUAUUAAAAUUUUUCAAAAGGAGAAAGUGUUCCGUUUGAAUUAUGUAAACUGUAGUUCUUACAAUGCAGAUUUUGAUGGAGAUGAAAUGAAUUUACAUUUGCUUCAAACUCCACAUGCCAGAUCAGAGGCUAGUCACUUAAUGAAUAGCGAUUUUCUCUUCACAAGUUUUAAAGAUGGUUCUCCUUUAAGAGGAUUAGCACAAGACUUCAUCUUAGGAGGACUGCACUUAACUUCUCUGGAAACCUUUCUCGAUUACGAUGAGUAUUGUAACCUUCUUCAGUGUGCCCUAAACUGCUUACUCUCCAGGAAGGAUUGCUUUUUCUUUGAAAAGAGUCGUUCCUCUAACUCCACGUGGAAGAUACGAAACCACAGUUACCUGGAUCCCUACGCUGUGGUAUUGAAUAGGACACACUUUACCAUCGUGACGGAGGAGCCAACCAUUCUUUUUCCGCGCAAGCUCUGGACCGGAAAACAACUAAUAACAAGUAUACUGAAAACUAUUAUAGAUAAAGUCGCCAUGGAGACUUACAAUCAAAGGAAGGAUAACGAAUUCAUGCAAAACUACAAAGGGAUAAAUUAUUACGCCAAGGCAAAGACGGAUCCAUCACUUUGGUCCUUUGAUCCGAUAAAUGAGUGUGAAGUUAUUAUAAAAAAUUCAGAGUUACUUCAAGGAGUGUUAGAUAAAUUACAUUUCGGAGCAAGCUCCAAUAGUUUUGUUCAUCUAUGUUACGAAUUGUUCGGUCCAAAAAUAGCAGCUGUCAUUUUGGAUUGUUUUGGAAGACUCUUCAUUAGCUUUUUACAAUUACGAGGAACGAGUCUAAGUCUUUUUGAUUUUAUUUUAAAGAAAGAUGCAAGAGAGGAAAAGAUUAAUAUACGGAAGAGAAUUUCUUUCACUGGUUUUUAUUUACAGAAUUUGUUUACGCACUCGAUAGCCAAGGCACUUAAUGCAGAUGUGAAUGAAAUGAGUGCUUAUAGUAGGGGGAAGUUAAAUUCGUAUCGACAAAACAACGAUCUGUUUGCAAAUAAUUUGUAUGAGCUGUACAAACGUAGGAGUGAUUUCAUUAAUGAUUUCGUGGGGGGGGAAUUUGGAGAGAAGAUUCUUCUCACUGGAAAAGGGAAGAAGGAGAAUGUUAUGUCGAGGGAGACACACCAACGGGAGGAGGAGGAGAAGAAGUUAUCCUCGUCGGUGGAGAAGUUAAACUCGUCGGUGGAGAAGUUACCCUCGUCAGAGGAAAAGAUACCACCAUCGGAGGAACAGUUAGACAUAAAGGAGGAAGCAUAUUUCUCCGCUCUGCUGCAUAAAGAAAUACAGAACCUGUUGGCGGCGCACCCAGGGGAGGGAACCCCGAAUUCGUCGCCCUCUUCCCUAGUGGAGUGCGCGCUAGAAAGGAUGGCGAGCACUCAUCCGAAUGGUGGAAAUGAUGCAUCAUCAGACCAAGAGGAUGAAGGAGAUAAUGCAAUAAAAUAUGCGAAAGGAGUGAAGGAAGAAGUUCCACAGAACAUGAGGAGUGCCCUGGUGAAGAAACUCUUCCGGUCGUUAAGCGAACCUCAUUUCAUGGAUAGCCCGAACUUCAUCGGGGACAAGGCCACGAGGGUGAUAGAAAAAGUUGUUCGUUUUUUGAAGAAAGCCAACUGUAGCAGGAGGCUAAAGGUUUACAUCUUAUUUGAGUUGUUCCAAAACAAAAGUGUGAUGAAGCAUUUCCCAGCAUUGGCUAGUUGUGUGAACGACCUCUCUCACAACGUGAGUAAUGAGGAGAUCCUACAUCACGUACUCAGUAGCGUUAGCGCAGACAGGGCGCAGGUGCAACCUGAUCAAUCGGAUCAACCGAAGCAAAUGGAAAACGGAGUUGUUGCGCAAGAAAUGGUAAGUAAGUUUUUGCGAUUGUUGCAGGACAUGGAGAAUGGGCGCGGGUUUGAAGAGAACAGUGAAGAAGACCAGGAAGAGAGAGAAGGAUACGAUGGAGAAGGAUACGAUGGAGAAGGAUACGAUGGAGAACGUUACGAUGGAGAACGGUACGAGUCGUCUCCUCCAUGUAUGAACCAACACGAUGAGGAAAUGAUAAGGGAUUCCUUGAAGAAGAGUUUUCCUUCCUUUCUACUGAACGAAGAAAUAGGUAACUUGUCUUUCAAUGGAAAGGACCACUAUUACGAGAGUUACGUGAAUCAAAAAGGAACGGAAGAAGAUACGAUAUUCCAGUUUUAUAACAUGAAGGAUAUAUUCAACAAAUUAGAAUUCCUCAUCCAUACGUACUUUCUCCAAAUGAGAGGUGAUUUCGACGGAUUAAUAGACUCUCUGUUUCAACCAUACCUUUGUCGUGUCUCUUCAAACACCAACAAUCUAAUCUCUAUGGAAAAUAUUAUGAACAAGUUUUUAAAUAAUGGGUUCAGUAAUAUGAUAUUUACAGGUGCCAAAGGAAGCAAGGUGAACUACGCUAUGAUAUGUGGUAUGCUAGAUCAGCAGUACUUAGAUGGAAAGAGAGUACCGAGAAUGAGAUCUGGAAAAACUUUACCAAGCUUCCAUCGAUACGAUUAUGGUGCUAGAGCUUGUGGAUUAAUUACAGAUUGCUUUUUGGAGGGACUGAGACCACAAGAAUACUUUUUCCAUUGCAUGUCGGGGAGGGAGGGUCUUAUUGACACAGCAGUGAAGACAGCGAAAUCAGGAUACAUCCAGAGGUGCCUCGUUAAAUGCAUGGAAUCUGUUAUACUUCAUUAUGAUGGCACCGUGAGGAAUGAAGAUAAUGCAAUUAUUCAAUUUUUGUAUGGAGAGGAUGGUAUCGACCCGUCUAGGAUAUCGUACCUAGACACCCCCAAGGAUCUUAUUAGCAACUACCAUGUUGCUUUCAGCAAGUAUCUGCUGCACGAUGUGGUGCCAAAGAUGGAGCGGAACGAACGCCUCUUCGAAGGAAGAGAUAGAACUGAUCAUUGGGGUGAUGACCCAAUAGAGACGCAGUUUUCUCCCUACGCAUACAUGGGGGCUACAUCGGAGCGUUUCCGGGAAAAGAUGCACCACACCAUCGCUAACGACCUGAAUCUGGCAGAUUGUUACAACCUCCCGGACGACUUUGACACGCAAUCGGCAUCCCUCCUUAAAUCAAAAUAUUUUAGAUCCCUAUGUGACCCUGGUGAAUCGAUAGGAAUUCUAGUAGCCCAAUCCUUUGGAGAGCCUGCCACGCAAAUGACACUCAACACUUUCCACUUGGCUGGAACGGAAAACGUUACAAUGGGAAUUCCCAGAUUGAAAGAAAUAUUUUUAAACUCUAAGUUAACUUCCAAGCCGAUGAUAUAUGUUCCAAUCAAGAUGGAUGAACGAGGGAGCAGUGGGAAUGAUGCAAAGGCGGUGAAAAGUUACAUUAACGAGAUUGCGGAGAAGAUAUUGAGUACCUACAAGAGUAUCUGCCUGAGUGAUGUAAUAUACGGUGUAGGUGUGGAUAGAAAGUUAAUUCUACGUGAAUCUGGUGCAAAGGAUGCACAGAUGCACAGUAUCCAAGUGGUUACCAGACAGGGAGAAGACGAACAGAUGGAGGGACGACAGAAUAUCUAUACCAGCGUACCUGAGGGAGAUGUACAAGCAACGAAAGUAAUGAACGCUUUACAGAACACACAACUGAGCUUCGAAAUUCAGAAGGAAUGGAAUUACGAAAUUGUAAUUCAGUUUGAGAACUUGUACCACUUCUGCCAAAUAAAUAACCAUCUAACGGUGCAGAGUAUUUUGAGUAAAGCAGUUAGCUGUGUUCUGUAUUCAGUGUUGAAUAAGAUCCAGGAGAGUUUACUUAACUACAACAUGCGAUACGUACACUCCUUCAACCAUGAGCAUUACGAUGAGUUGUUUGAAUUUGUUUGCGCGAAGAUGCAGGACGAAUUCAACUUUAGUAUGCAGAAGUUAGAAUAUAAAAAUGAUGAAGAUAAAAUUAACGCAAAGUUGAAAUUCAUGGGUUCUGCGGGAGCUGGGUCCACAGGCCAGAUGGAUUCCACUGUCGUACGCGAUGAGAACCACAUAGAUGAGGAAGACGCCUACAAUAAUGGAGGUAUUGGUGGCCCCUUUGGAAGGAACUCCAACGGAGAAGAUACUCCAAGGAAAUAUGGUAACGAAGAAGAAGAAGAUGGGCUAAGUGACCACAUGGAUAGAAACAACAUGGGAAUGGAAAACGAUAAUGAAGAUGGUGGAGAAAGCAACACCGAUGAUGAUGGACAGGCUGAAGAGAAAAACGAUAGCAAUAGCAGAAGUAGCGAGUCGGGAGAGGAUGGAGAUCAAGAUUCUCCGUCUGAGGAAGACAAGGAUUAUGAUGAAAGUGAGCGGAGCGAGGGGGAUAUAGAGGAAGAAGAAGUAGAAGCAGAAGAAGUAGAAGCAGAAGAAGUAGAAGGAGAAGAAGAAGAAAACGUCCAAGCAGAAGAUGAGGAACAACUUGAAGAGGACGAUGACCAAGUGAAAGACUCUACUGCUUUUAAGGGAAGAGCCAAGAGGGGAGAAAAUUCGGACAAUGAGUCUGACGUGUCCAACAGAGAUAAAUUUCUCUCCUCCGUUCAGAGGAUGACAAAGAAUAACUCGUUGGUGGAAGGGAAGGAACCAUCAGUUGGUGGGAAGGGUAGAUCUCCGAAACUGAAGGCUAACGGGUCUCCCCUGUCAGAGAGAUCGACAUCGGCGGAGAGGCUCGGCGAAGAAGUGUACACGGAGGAGAGUGGAAAUCAGUCGGAUGGGCACCCCGGAAUAGUAAACUCCGACGGGGAUGUGUUAAGCUACCGUGAUGAUGAAAAUGAAGCCAACCCAGAAAAUGAAGAAUGGGAAAAGAAAAUGGCAGAAGAUUUUGCAAAUCUCCCAUACGAUUAUAAAAAUAAUGUGAAGCUAAAGAAUGACAGUGAGGAAGAGGACAACCAUGAAAGAAUGGGAAGAGAAAACGCCAGCACAGAAAAAAUAAAAAGUGAAAAUAAAAAAUGGGUAAGAAAUAUAAUAGAGAAGUUGAAAUGCAGUUUGUUAUGUUUCGUGAAGAAUAUUAGUUUCUCUCCAGUCACAUGGGUAUUGAAAUUUGAAAUCGGAUGGGACAUUAACUUCUUUCCUCACGCCAUAGACUUCUUAAGUUAUGUGCAGGCAGAAUUAUCUAAGGAAAUUCUCUUUAAGGUGAAAGAUUUGAACAAUCCGAAAGUGCUGAAAGGAAAAGAUAUAACUCACUCGGGUGCAGAAUAUGAGUUACAAAUUGAAGGGAAAAAUAUUUUUCAGUUAUAUAAUAUUAAGGAUACGUUCAUUGACAAAACAAAGCUAUACUGCAACGACAUUUACACGAUUGUGAAAACAUAUGGAAUUGAAGCAGGGCGACUGUGUAUUACGAAGGAACUGAAAAAGGUUUUCGAGGCGUACGGAAUUAAGAUUGACUUCCGCCAUCUGUCUUUCAUUAGCGACUUCAUGACCCACACUGGCGACCUGAAAUCAUUUAGCAGACACGGACUGGGAUGUUUCCGUAAUGUCUUUCACAAAAUGAGCUUCGAGUGCGCCACCAACUUCCUGACGCAGGGGUGCGUGCACAACUCAGUCGACUACUUGUCCACCGCCUCGAGCAGUUUGUUCUUCGGAAAGCCCAUCAAGGUUGGCACGAAUGUCGCUGACAUCGUGACGCACAUCGAAGGGUCUGAAUGA